UCUGAAGAUGCUUUUGGCCAAUAAAAGGAAAGGUGGGAGCAGCUGGCUUUGAGGAAGUGGCUGAGAUUGUGGUGAGGGUGGUGGUGCUGGGUAAUAAUGAGGCUCUGAGAAGACCCAGGACAAAUACAGUGAUGCCUGCACUUCAUUCACUUACUGACAUUUGUGUAGCACUACAUCCUUGCAUGUUGGGGUGAGAUCCCAUUACUAUCCCCACUUGACAUUGAGGAAACUGGGGCAGAACAGGUCAAGAAACUAGCCUAAGGUGGGUGCCUAAAGAGUGGCUGAAUCUGGCCACUAGAGAAGUCAGCAGUCACCUCCAGCAUCUGUUCUUCUCAGUACUAUUUGCUGCUGGACCCCCACCCAACCAGCAGUAGGUGGUUUGAAGCCCCUUUUUGUCUGACCAGGACACAUUUUAUCGUUUCUGUGCUCUGUCUCUCCUGGGAUCCUCUUAUUUAUUUUUUUUUAAGUAGGCUUCACACGCUGUGCCAACGUGGGGCUUGAACUCAUGACUUGAGAACAAGACCUGAGCUGGAAUUAAGGGUCAGAUAUUUAACCGACUAAGCUACCCAGGCAGCCCCCUCCUGGAUACCUUUGUCCUGGGGCAGAAACUCCUCAGAGAUAUAGAGGAUGAGGAUCAACUUUUCAUGGGGAAUUGAUGGAGCCCUCUGUUGGGAGUAAGGCCAGUUGCUUUGUCCUGAGCAGCCUUUGUCCUGGGGCCCCCAGCCCCAUCAGCAUAAUGACUAGUAACAAAAACUCUUCUUGUUCUGGGGAUUAUUAUCAGCCCUGAGCCCUUCUGUCUGUUCUGAGGCCCAGAGCUGUGGGCUGGCCCUCCUCAUCUCUGUAGGUGUUCUCCUGCCUCCUGCCGUGUGUCUCCCCAGCCCUGAGGAAAUGGAGGAUUGCUGCAGAGGCUCUUGGCUCUCCUGUCUCACCUCCCUGCUUCUCUUCUUCCAGUUGCCUGCUGGGGGGUCUGCAGAGGAGUUUGUGGUGGUUGGCCCCUCGGACCCCAUUGUGGCAGUGAUUGGUGGGAACGUCACGCUGCCCUGUCAUGUGUCCCCAGCCAUGGAUGUGGAAAACAUGGAGCUGCGGUGGUUCCGCUCCAAGUUCUCAGAAGUAGUGUUCAUCUAUGAAAACCAGCAGGAACAGAAAGAAGAGCAGCUGGCUCAGUACACAGGGCGGACCUCGCUGGUGAAGGACUUCCUCAGCCAGGGGAAGGCCACUGUGCGUAUCCACAAGGUCCAGGCUUCCGACAACGGGCUGUAUACCUGCUUGUUCAGAAAGGGAAGUUUCUAUGAAGAGGCCAGUUUGGAGCUGAAGGUGGCAGGUGUGGGCUCUGUCCCUCAAGUGCACAUCACAGGGCCAGAGGAGGACGGGGUCCGAGUGGUGUGCACGGCCUCGGGAUGGUUCCCAAAGCCCCAGAUACAGUGGAGAGCUGCUAAUGGGGAAAAGUUCCUGACAUUCUCUGAGACCCAUGCCCAAGACACUGAAGGGCUGUUCAGCGUGGAGUCUGCUCUGGUGGUGAGGGACAGCUCUUCAGGGAACAUGACCUGCUCAGUCCUCAACCCCGUCCUGGACCAGAAGAAGGCGAUGGCCAUUUUCAUCCCAGAGCCCUUCUUCCCCCAGGCCUCUCCCUGGAAGCCAGCUUUCAUAGUGAGCCUUGUGGUGCUGAUGCUCUCACUCCUUGGGGCUGCCUAUUACAUCAAGACAGAACAUACUGUAAAGAGGCAGGAGAUGCAGGAAUGGGAGAGACUGCACAGGGACAAGGAGGAGGCCCGGCGGACAAAGGAGGAGGCGUUGAAGGCCAGAGAUGAACUCCAAGAAGAUCUCGGCAGGAGGAAAUCCAUUUACCUGGGUGGCUGGAGGAAGGCGCAGUUGUAUGCAGACUGGCGGAAGGAGAAGUUCCAGGCCUUGUCUGUCACUCUGGAUCCAGCGUCUGCACAUCCGCACCUUGCUGUCUCUGGUGGACAGACUAGUGUGACCUUGGAGGACACAACUGAGGACCCAGGAGGACCCUGUAGCAUCUUGGGCCAGGAGGCCAUCACAUCAGGGCGCUGUUACUGGGAGGUGGAGAUCAAGAAUGGAAACAGAAGCGAGUGGGUUCUAGGGGUCUGUAGGGGAGAUGUGGGGAUGAAAAGCUGGUACAGAGAGUGGCCAGAAGUGAGGUUCUGGGUUCUGGGGUGGUACGGAGGUAAAUUCUGGGCCUUUCUCCCCCAUGAGCAUCAGGUAAUCUGUGAUGAAGUUCCCCACAGGGUGGGUGUUUUCUUAGACCUCAAAGAAGGGGAUGUCUCCUUCUAUAACAUGACUGAUGGAUCUCACUUUUUCUCCUUCCCUCUAACUUCCUCCACUGGGACUCUGUUUCCAUACUUCAUGAUUCAGUCAGGGGAUGUGUCCCUGACCAUCUGCUCUGUGGUGGGUGUGCCUACAGAGACCCCUGUUCCCCUUAACAAUCCUGUUUCUUCUUUGGAGGAACCUGUAAGCCUCUCAGGGGAUGGGUUCAGCUCAGGCUCUGCUGUUGAUGGUGCUCUCCCAGGGGCCGACUCUCCAUUACUCUCCUAUGGCCCUGAGGCUAUGUGACCAUAGGACCCCAACACUGUCCCAGACUCCUUAUGGUGGCUUUUUCUGGAGCUUCACAUUCCUUGAGACAAAAGCCUCUGAGGUCAGUCCUGGAUGACCUGGUGUCUUGCACUCUUGCUCUGGAUGCAGUCUCCUGGGGUAUGCCUAUGAGAACAGUCAGUUCAUGCCUUAUGCUCAGGCAACAGAAGAUGAUAGUUGACUGAGCUGGUUUAGGGUAGGCUGCAUUUAACUGUUGGAAGUAAUGCUUCUUUUGGUAAUGAAAAUUAUUUCAUACAGUCUUUAUUCUGCUUGGAUAUGAAGGAGAUGAGGGCUGAAUGACUGCAGAAUUAAAUGGUGUAUAUUUUAUCCAACUUGAGUUGUGCAGAUGAACCCAGAGGCUAUGAGUAGGUCACCAGUUCUAUUUUGGGAAAUGUGCACUCUGACCAGAGACAUUGGCCAUCCAAAAAUUUCUGGAGAAAUGAAUGGCUGAUUGAUGUUCAAGAGGAAAGCAGUCUAAUAUUCUACUGUAUAUACCUCCUAUUCUGGAAUGGUGGAAGCACACUUAUCUUACCAACCUUAGUAAAUAUCUGUUAUUUGUGAAAUACCAGUGCUGUGUUAAUACAGGAAUGAAGAAGAAGGGUCUGGUUCUUCCUGUGUGUCAACUCCAGUUGGAAAGAAGAGAACUUCUACCAGAAUAAAGAUAUGAAUGAGGAAGAGAAUUUUCAGAUGCUGGGUGAAUUUCAGAAAGCUUUGACUAUGAGCACAGUUUCCAGAAUCUGUGUAGUGCCUCUCAUUACUUCCAAGUCCAAAGGUGGAGUGCCUGAGUGGCUCAGUGGGUUAAGCGUCCAACUUCAGCUCAGGUCAUGAUCUCACAGUUCGUGGGUUCAAGCCACACAUCAGGCUCUGUGCUGACAGCUCACAGCCUGGAGCCU